CGUUUCUCCGUGAAAGUGACCUUAUUUUGAUACCGUUUGUCUCUAGGAGCGCUAUUAUGCGCCAUACAUAAUAUACGUUGUUUACAAUGCACAGAAAAAAGUAGGGACAUGCUAAAUAUUCUCCUUAACGUAUGGGCAGACAAAUGCUUCAGGAUGUGAAGGAUGCAUUAUAAGGUGUAACCAUUUACGGCUGCAAAAUUUCGUCGGUUAUGUUUCACACCGCUAAUAUUUUACCGCGGGCGAACAGGCGGUGCCAACCUGGAGCAUUUCGUGCCUACAUUCACUCAUCAUCAUUGGGACCAGGCCGGGAACCCUUCAGACGUGGGAUCCUUUUCGUCACUGUGGCUGGGAUUCUGCUCCUUGUUGGAGGAAUCCUCACCUGGCUGGGUUUUAAUGAUGUGUUUGGUGGUGAAGCCUCCAUGACUGGGCCACUGCUCAUCGCUCUGUCUGUCCUCUUGCUCCUCUUCUCCACCAGACAGUUUCUCAUUGCCAAGAAGAGGACCUUAGAUGCCAGGGGCAGGAUACAGUUUCAACCAGUGGGCCGAGGGGCUGUGGCAGCACUGGUCAUUGACCGAGAUGACCACAUUGGUGCAGUCACUGUCAUCAUGGACACUGGCAGAGAGGACAGUGAUGGGGAUACUACUUGGAGGGCUUAUACAAGGGAGUAUGCCCCACCAUCAUACUACGAGGUAACUCAACAGGAAAUGGGUGUGUCUACGAUAAGCCGGGACUAUCCGGCCACUGCAGCCGAUACAGAACCCCCACCCACCUAUGAAGAGGCUAUACGUGCUCUUAAUGCCAACUCCCAUCAUGCCACAGAAAAUUACACGAUACAGCUGGGUGGCUCUAGAAACAGCAGACUUGUUGUGGCCAGGAUACGUACAGGGCAUGGAGUGACAGGCCAUCCAAGAGGAAAUACUCCUGACAGGUUCUUGGCUGAUAGCCGUGGUGUCACCACUCCUCUUCAGCCUCUCACAUCAAUAGAGGCUACCUGUCUUGAUUCCCCAGACUCUACGGCUUCAAAACCAGAGGUGACAGACUCCGAACCUGCCUCCACGCCUGAGACCACGCCCCCUCCCUGAGGCCACACCCAUUCUCGUUAGGCAAUCUAAGGUUAUUUGGUGCAAGGGUACAUUGACUCUUGAUAAGACAAACAAGGUUGUGUGGUACUCACCUUAUCAGUAGUGAUGUGAAGUAGUGAAGAGUUGAAGUGUGGUGUAUUAAGGAAGCCUUUAAUAGGUUAUUGAGGAAGACCUCGCAGUUCCAGCCUUUCAGGUAAUAGAACACAUGUGGUGAGAUAUGUGCAGGUAAAGAAGAGCAUCUGCAGUCAUGUCAAGCUACACGCAUUAACACAAGUAGUUUUAGCGAUUUGGCAAGUGGUUUAGCGAAGGCACUGGGUUUCUCCAGUUGCACCUGUAAGAGGGGGCUACCAUGUGUAGAUGUUGUGGAUAGUUUGUUCCCAUAUUUGCUCUAUUUUUGGGGUAUUCCUUUGCUAGUUAUAAGGGGUUUAGUCAUUGUACUCAUCUCUGGGUAAUUUGAGGUACAUACAUGUAUUUCUGGACCUUUGUGAUCACCUGUAGAAUUUGUUUUCUAAUAAUGGAUGUAUAGGCAACUGUUAACUAUGGAACUUGGGUGUGAACCAUACAAUGUACAUGUAAGUACGCCCUAGUCUACAUUGUCUAUCACUACUCCUAAAUUCACUCCUAUUCACAUAUCCUCAGCAGAAGAAACGAAUUUGAGUUUUUUAACAGUUUCUUCAAACAAAUUUGGUGAAUUAAGUCGCAUGAUAUCAGAGUUACUGGGCACUUCAGUGGUAAAGUUAACCAAGUCUUGAUGCAUUGGGUGCAGUUUGUGGUGAUGGUGUUACUGUUGAAAAGGUAUUGCCCGAGUGAUUUGUAUGAAGGUUGCUGAUAAAUGUAGAGAUAUCUCAGAUGUAUUAUGUGGUAUAGCUCUUACAGUGGAGAUAAAUUAAGAAGUGUUUAUUAUAUUGUUGUUAGAUGCAAGCAAGGCUUAAUAUAGUUCUUUUAUAGCUGGUAUAAUAAUUGACUGAGGUUUCUGAUAUUUGUUCUGGAGUUGAAAUGAAUUCAACAAAUUAUCUCUUUUCUUCUUUGAAAGUACAUGAAUUAAAUAAUUGACAGUAUUGUUCUGGUUUAAACCCGCCUUAAGUGAACAAUGUUUCUAUCUGUAAAACUGUUUUGGUUAAUACUGAGAUAAAGUGAACAAUGAUUCUAUUGGCAAUACUGUUUUGGUUAAAGCUAGAAUGAAGUGAACAAGGUUUCUAAUGUUCUUCUGGUUAGAAUUUAGAUGUAGUGAACAAGGUUGCUGUGUUGGUUAAAUUUUAACUGAGAUGAAAUGGACAAGGUUUAUAAUUUAUUAUUCUGUUGUUAACAAAGUUUUGAGGAUUUCUCUGGUUAAAAGUGGAUGGAUUGAACAAAGUUUCUUUAAAUGUUUUUGAUAUUCUGUUAGACUUGAGUGGUUUUAAGAUCAUUGAAAUGGAGUAUACCAUGCAAUAUUUUUAUUUUCUGUCAAUAUAAAAAUGUUUUUUCCCUUAAAGUAGCAUUGUUGUUAGGAUUGAAGUGUAAUGAUAAUCUUUGUUAGUUCAUGGUCAUUCAUGUACUGUAUGUCACCCCUAACAUUGGCCUGUAAAAAUGCACUUUCAGAGGCACAUAAAGGCCUUAAAGCAUACUUUUGAUUUGAAAACACCUAUAUUUUUUUUUUGGAUAAGAAAUUAAUCAAACUUCACAGAAAAGCUCUAAGUGAUCCUGUAAGGUGGAGGAAUUAAUCAGAAUCACUCAAAAUCUGUGUUGUGAAAACAAAAACUAAAGCUUAGGUGUAAUACAUUAUUGUGUGGAAUUCACAUGAAAGCAGUUUAGUCUCUGUAACAUUCUUCAUGUACAUGAAUAUAGAAACUUGCAUGGACAUAGUGCUUUACACUGCACUACAUUUAGCUUGUGUCACUUGCUGGUCAAGUGAAAAUUGUGCUGUUUUGACUAUUCAGUUCAUAGUCAUGCAGGACCGAGCUAUGGAUUCAUUCAUGGACACGGGCUGUCAUAAUACUUCACCUCAGACACACUUGAUUCUUUAUAGGGGAUUGGUGCAUGGCUGAAUAAGUGAAACUGUAAGUGCCAAUAUUGAUUCAUAUCGUAUGGUUUGUGCUCGGACAAAUAGAUGAUUUUCAUUAUUUAUUUCAACACUGUUAUACUGUACUAUCAAAUGAAAUUAUUGUUAAAUCACUGUUGCAAGAAACAAUAAGGUUCUCAUUUGGUUUGUUUAUUGGUCUUUGUUGAAUUGGGUAUACUUCUUCAUAGUCUAUCAGGAACAACAGAAAGACACACGUAUGCGUAGUUCCUUUACUGUCAUCAUGUUUUAUGAACUGAAUUGUAUGUGUAUUUUUCUGGGCCAACAGUGUAAAUGUGUCUCUAUUUACCAUGUUUCAGUUCACUUUUGGAUGUAGUUCUCCUUGAUGAAUGUAUACAUGAUGAUUUUAUUCUGUGUCUUCAUUUUGACUUUGUGUCUUAAACUUUUGAAAUAGUCUGUUUAAACAGUAUAUUGGUACUGAUUGACUGUAAGUCUAAAGUUUAGUCUUUCAUAAGCCUUUCAUUUUAGCAUGUCUAGUGAGUCGAUAACUCAUUCACUUUACAUUUACAUUAUCAGUUUACUGAUUCAUGGUACAUAUGUGUCAGCAGUUAAGUGAUUCACUAUAUAUGAGCAGUUAAGUCAUUCACUGUACUUAAGCAGUUUGGUGAUUCAGUGUAUGUCAGAAGUGCAUUAUUAGCUAUUUUGUGAUUCAACAUAAGCUGGUAGUUUAGUGAUUUGCUUUAUAAGCAGUCUACUGACUGAUGUAUAAUGAUGUAGCGUCCAAGCGAUUAAAUGAUUAAAAAUUUCCAGGGCUGCGCUACAUGUCCGCAGUAUGAAUAUUGUUAAGUUAGUGACUCACUCUGUCUGUGCUUUACUGUAUGUCAACAGAUUAAGUGGUAUGCCAGUACUUGGCGUCAGUGCAUUUGAUAGUGUAGAGAUGGCUGCUCACAUUUGCAUACAAUGAAAUAUAUGCUGACUCUUAGUACAUUGUAUAUUGCCGAUGUGUUCAUCAUUCAUUUUGGUGCAAGCAUCAGACUAGCAUUGGUAAUGAUAAGGCUUAAUGAUUGGCAAUUACGUUACCUUAAUUUUUUCUUUUUGGUUACAUCAAUAGAACUCUUUAUUCACUGAUUUUGGCAUGAUCUACAAAACUCGUGCUAAAAUAAUUUACCCUAGUUUUGCUUAUUGGGAGCAGAAAAUCUGCUUUGUCUUAAUUUUCCAUAAAUUGAGUUAGUUUUGUGUUAUAUCAUAUCUCUUUGGUUCGCAU